CGUUGACUUGUGGCGUGUCGUGUCGCGUUUUGUCAGUUGGAGUUUUAUUUAUAAAUAUAAAAUAUGGCCGAGUUCCUAAAACGCUUUAAGGAAAAAGUAAAGUCGCAGGAUACGUGGGAUAAAAUCACCUGCGGCUUGGCUGAAGUACUCGGCACUGCCAUUCUCGUCUUUCUGGGCUGCGGUGGCUGCAUCAAGACGAAUCUCUUUCCUAACAAUCAUCUGCAGCUGGCAUUCAAUUUUGGUCUAGCUGUGCUCAUUGCCAUCCAAUGUGUGGGCUGCAUUUCUGGAGCACAUCUCAAUCCCGCUGUCACAGUGGGUGCCUAUAUCUAUGGCAAGAUCAGUCUGUCGAUGUCCUUGGUUUACUUUGUGGCUCAGAUUGUGGGCGCCUUUGCGGGCUACGCAUUGCUGCAAAUAGUGAUGCCCUACUCGACGAUGCACAUGCCCAAUGGAUUCUGUGUGACGUUGCCACAUUUUGCGGUGUCGCCUGCUCAGGCCUUUGGCAUUGAGUUUCUGUCCACGGCCAUUUUGCUGUUCAUCUGCUGCGGUGUCUGGGAUCCACGCAAUGCUGCUCAUCACGAUUCGGUGCCAGUGCGCUUUGGUCUUGCCGUUGCCUGUUUGGCCAUCACUGUGGGUCCUUUCACCGGCUGCAGCUUGAAUCCCGCUAGAUCCUUGGCGCCUGCUGUUUGGAACGGCAACUAUGCUAGCCACUGGAUUUACUGGCUGGCACCGCUGAGCGGUGGCGCCAUCGCUACUCUCGUUUACAGGGCCGUCUUUCGUAGACGUGUGAGCCUCUUGCAGACCACUGUGCAAGGCAAAGUGAUACAGCUGGAGGAGGUGCAGCUGAAUUAAGCACUGAAUAUAACUUACUCGCCCCAAUGCCAAAGUGCCAAUAUGAAUUUGUUAAAUACCAAC